ACCAUAAAUCCGGCUUAUAAAUGCAUAGAUGAAUGAAGUACUAUAUAAAUCAGGCAAGGCAUCCCAUGUUUCAAACACACAACUCAUAUCUUUUCUUAUAUAUAGAUAGAUAAGUCUAGUACAGUCUAAACAUUCUAUAUGCAAAACAAAAUGAUGAUGGGUUGGUUUCUGCGUCUGCUAUGUUUGGGUAUGAUGGUGUUCAUGGUGGUCAAUUCUUCUAGAACAAGUCCUAGUCCUAGUCCUAGCCCAAGUGCUAGUGCUAGUGCUAGUUCUAGUUCUGAUGAUAUAACAUGCAAAGAUGCCAUUACAAAAUUGAUGUCAUGUACAGGCUACUUAUCAGGCUCGGACCCGCCAACGCCGAGCGUUAGCUGCUGUUUGGCUUGCCAAGACGUAUUUCAAGCGGCCAACACCACCGCAGUGCGCAGAGACCUUUGUGUGUGUUUGAAGGAAGCUGCCAUUGAGUAUAAAAUUGUCCCUGACAGAGCUAAACAGCUUCCCCAACUUUGCAAUCUUCAAGGCCUUGACGUACCCCUUGACCCCAGCGUCGACUGCAGCACAAUUAAACUGUACUAAAAAGGGUAGAGAUGAUGGAAGUGCUAUUAAUUUGGUGGAGAAAAGAUGGCCAAAAUUUGCCCCCAACUAUAGCUUUCCCUUUUGUUAUCCUAGUUAUGCUUUGGAAAGGCUGUAUAAAUAAAGGGAUGAUUUAGAUUUCGAUC